AUGGAGGUGGAGGCAAACCGAUGCUUCCUCCGCGAGGCACAUGCGGAGAACGACGUCCUCUUCACAGACAUGGAGUCCAAGAGAAGUCAAAGGAGCGGGCGGCAACCAAGGACCAGGAGGUUGAUUUUCUUUAAGCUGUCAAAUUUUCAUGAUCUAUAUUCAGAAGUGUAUGUUCUACUGAAAUGCCCAAUUGAUGGUGUUUCUACAGGUCAGGUUAAUGAGGAUGCUGGGAGCAGAUUCCUGCAUUUGGCAAGUUCGGCACAAAAUGAUGUUAUGCAGUUAAAGGCGGUGACCGGAGAGGACGAGGGAGGCACGCCCAUCCAAGACCCCGUUGUCGUCGUUCCGCGGAUGACGAGAAGGAGGGCGAGGGAGGCAUGCCCGUCGGAGACUGCGUUGCCAUCGUUGCAGCGCACUCGACUCACACGCGGCGGAACCAGGGGGGAGGCGCCGACCAGUGGCCACUCCGGUAAGGUUAAUGAGGAUGUCAAGAGCAGAUUCCAGCAUUUCGCAAGUUCAGUACAAAAUGAUAUGCAGUUAAACAGAGCCAUGGAGGCAUCACUGGAUUAUAUGUCUGGAAACGACUAUGCCGCAGCCUCUUCUUCGCGGAUGAUAAGCACGGGCGAUGAAGCUGUAGAACCGUUGUCACGUCACGACGGUCCCAACACCUUGGGCACAUACAAGGAUGGGCAGGACAACUACACAUCCACUGGUCAUGAUGAGCCCGGUACCGCCACAAAUCCUGAAGACGCGACUCAUCGCGACGAAGAGACCGGCCAAGGGGACCAGGCAGCUGGACAACCCAAAAGGCAACACAAGCCUAGGCGCCGAAACAAGCUUGGCACCAAUAGGAUUGUUAUCAACCGAGUGUCUGAGGUGGGUCUACCUGUUAGUCCCAAGAAGGCCGAACAAGGUUACAGGAAUGCCCUAGGCUGCAUCCUUCGCGAAACCGUGAGCAUAAAUGAAACCAAUCUCAGGUCGAAAGCGAACGAGAAUUUGCGAGCGCUCCUCAUAUCGAAGCUGCACACUCAUUACAAGUUCCCGGAUGAGUCCCUAGACGAGACCACUCCGGUAAAUAACAGAGCCCUCUGCAAGUGGUCCAAGCUUUUGAGUAGUUGGAAAUCCAAGGCCAAAAGCGAAUACCUUAAGAAAGAUUACGAAACCGAGAUAAAAAAGAUCUGGCCAUCGGUUUCCGAGGAGGACUGGAACCUGUUCAAGCAGCACUGUGAGACCCCUGAAGUCAAGGAGAUGGAAAAAUGGGGAAAGGAUAUGUGGGCUAAGAGCAUUGGUAACCACACCCUUGGCAGCCGUGGUUACCCAGGGAAGAAGCCAAAGUGGGACAAGCAGGACACUGAGUUCGCUGCAGCAGGCAACUAUCCUGUCAUGGUGCCGGAGACGAGGAGUAGGAUGGUGCACGCAUCGGAGACCCCGUUGCCCUCGGCGCAGCGCCCUCGACUCACACGCGCUGGAAGCAGGGUGGAUGCUCCGACCAGUGGCCGCUCCGGUCAAGUUAAUGAGGAUGUUGGGAGCAGAUUCCAGCAUUUGGCAAGUUCAGUACAAAAUGAUGUUAUGCAGUUAAAGGCGACGACCGGAGAGGACGAGGGAGGCGCGCACACCCAAGACCUCGUUGCCGUUGUUCCACCGAUGACAAGGAGGAGGGCGAGGGAGGCAUGCGCAUCGGAGACCGCGUCGCCGUCGUUGCAGCGCACUCGACUCACGCGCGGCGGAAGCAUGGGGGAGGCCCCGACCAGUGGCCGCUCCGAUAUGUCUGGAAACGACUCUGCCGCAGCCUCUUCUUCACGGACGAUAAGCGCGGGCGAUGAGGCUGUAGAACCAUCCACUGUUCAUGAUGAGUCCGGCACCGCCACAAAUCCUGAAGAUGCGACCGAUCGCGACGAAGGGACCAGCCAAGGGGACCAGGCAGCUGGACAACCUAAAAAGCAACGCAAACCUAGACGCCCAAACAUGCUUGGCACCGAUAGGAUUGUUAUCAACCGAGUGUCUGAGGCGGGUCUACCUCUUAGUCCCAAGAAGGCCGAACAAGGUUACAGUAAUGGCCUAGGCUGCAUCCUUCGCGAAACCGUGACCAUUAAUGAAACCAAUCUCAGGUCGAAAGCGAACGAGAAUUUGCGAGCACUCCUCCUAUCGAAGUUGCACACUCAUUACAAGUUCCCAGAUGAGUCCCUAGACGAGACCACUCCGGUAAAUAACAGAGCCCUCUGCAAGUGGACCAAGCUUUUGAGUAGUUGGAAAUCCAAAGCCAAAAGCGAAUACCUUGAGAAAGAUUACGAAACUGAGAUAAAAAAGAAGUGGCCUUCGGUUUCUGAGGAGGACUGGAACCUGUUCAAGCAGCACUGCGAGACCCCUGAAGUCAAGGAGAUGGAAAAAUGGGGGAAGGAAAUGCGGGCAAGGAACAUUGGUCACCACACCCUUGGAAGCCGUGGUUACCCAGGGAAGAAGCCGAAGUGGGACAAGCAGGACGCUGAGUUUGCUGCAGCGGGCAUACCAAACCCCUUCAAGGAAUUUGAAAACCCGCGUGAAAAUGAUUACAUCAGGGGCCGGUGCAAAUAUGAUGACGAGACUAAGACAUGGGUCUUGGACGAGAAAACGGCGAAAGUCAAGGAACUCCUGAGCCAGUAUCAUGUGGAAUCUCAAAGCUCCCAGGAGUCAGAGUGCUCGGCAAGGUGGGACGACCCUCUGAACAGGUCGAUCAACGUGGUGCUCGGCAAGGACCCGAAAACGAGGCCGGCUUACGGCCGUGUGAACGGCGUCGGGAUCAACGAAAAAUGGGACACACAUUAUCCCGAAGACCGCGAGGUUGCAAGGCAGAGAAGGAGAGCCGGGCGAGCUAGUUUCGAAUCCAGAUUGGCUGGAAUGAGAGAAGAGCUUAAAGAAGAAAUGAGAGAGGAAGUCGAGGUGAAAGCGAAAGCCAUGGCGACAGCCCAAGUCAUGGAAAUGUGGCCCGAUCUAAUUGAGGCCGUCAAGCGAAGUUUAGCAUCGGGGCAAACAGCGGCACCAUCAUCCUCUGUCACGUUGGCGCCAGGCAAUGCCGUUUUGGAGAAAGAUCCGCGUCCUCAUAGCGGCCGCUCUGUACCGUUCAUGGGCUAGAGAUCGUCACUGGCUGAUGUUGAGGCACCCUAACGGAAGGAAGACAACUCUCCUCGCCAUGGUGAAGCUAAUGAGUUUUAUGCAUGUUUGGAUCUUCAUCUGCUGCCUGCAUGCAUACCUUCUGUGGAAUACAUACUGCUAUGUUACGACAUUGGCUGGUAAUAGGGCUCAUUAUUGUGUUUGCGUUCAUCCUUGGUUGAGAGAAACCAGGACCCCCUAGUUUGUACUAUGUAUGUACCUUUUGUGCCUGGAGAAGUAUCUGUUAUAAUGACCGACCUUCGAAUAAACUGAAUUUCCAACAUGCACUUGUAACAAGAAUCCCUUUAUAGCUGCUUUGCUGAUGCUUU